GAAGGAAGGUCGUUGACCGUGGACCGACGGGUGGUGGAGGUGUCUGUGUACGUGAGAAACCUGCUCCGGAACCUCCACAGCCCGCGUGACCAGUGCAUCGAGAUCCCGCUUGACAACAUCAGCUACGACACCAUGGAGCUGAUCCUCCGCUGGUGCAAGCACUACUACGACGAGGUCGGGAACUGGCCGGACAACGUCAUGGACGACUACCAGGCCCGCGUCUCUCGCCCCGUGCUCGACCUCUGGGAGCGGGAGUUCCUCGAUGUCGACGCCGAGACCCUGAAGAAGAUCAUCCUAGCGUCCAACUUCCUCAACAUCAGGCCUUUGCUCGACACAACCUGCAAGAUCAUCGCAGAACUCUUCCGCGGGAAGUCGCCCCGGGAAAUCAUCAACGCUUUUAAC